AUGGCCACGCACCGGUGUCUAUGGCUUCGCCUCGCAAUCGUUCCAUGUUGCCUUUGCUGCUGGGCUGUGGGAGGCUCUGCGUGGUGGAGAUACCAAAAAGACAGGAGUGUCGCUGAAGUGCACGUGCUGCGCUUCGUCUCCAUCUCGACCCUCACCACGUCCAGUGCCCAGAGCUUGGAGGGCGCCGAGGAGUCCGAAAAACCGCCAGUUCCCAGCACGAGCUCCACGCCGAACGUGAACGCGGUGGAGCAGAACGUGAGCUCCACGCAGUUGGCUGAGUCUCAAUCUUCGAGCAGCUGGAAUGGCUCGGAUGGCUUGGCGGGCGACACGGCAUAUGUCGUUCCCUUCCACUUCUCCUGCGCUCGACGGAUGACCUGCCCGAAGCCCUGGGAGGUGCAGCAUCGCUCCAGCUGGUUGAUCGUCCUGCUGUGUCGUGAUGACCUCAAUGGGACCUUCCUGAUGCAGAAGACCCGCUCCUGCGAUGAGAAAAGCAAGUUCACCAAAGACCCCAACUACGAGCAGCUGGUGCGAAGGAGCUUUGGCCCAGAUCAGUUCGAGUUUCUUCUCGAAGGAGCUGAGCUCUUGAACCUGAACCUGAACAUGUCCUAUCGAAAAGCUUGCUGCUACGCCUUGCCCUUUCGAGCCAACGUGCCAGGGAGGUAUCACCUGAACCUUGCCUGGCUCCGGGAGGGCUUCACCGGUGUCUCCGAGCGCUUGCGGGGCUGGCAGCCCAUGAACUACCGCAGUCCACUGGACCAGUCCUUUAUUGAGCUGGGCAACUCGAGCGCCACUCGGGACAUCUUACAGUCCUGGCAGAGGGGCGACCACCUGCCGCGCUGCAACGUGACCUCCGAGCAAUAUGAAUACCUGUGUGGUCGCUGGCUUUUCGGCGCCGUCUCGGAGACUAACACCAUCUUCCCGUGGGGGUCGGAGGGUCAGCGGCUGCCGAUGGAGUUCACCUACCCGAUCCGAAAGUGGACCAACUCGAGCCGCUACCGUUGGGCUCCCAACAGCUGCCACCUGUCCUUCAUCUCACCCGAGGAGGGCGCCAAGUGCCUGACAGGGAAGCGGAUCCUGCUGGUGGGGGACUCCCACCUGCGACAGCUCACCCGUGCGGUGAUCGAAGCGGUGUGUGGCAGCAGCCUGGACAUCCCCAAGCGGGUGAGCAAAUGCUUGCUACCUGACAUGGGCCGCUGCAAGAACGUGCAAGAAAUUUGCUUCUUAGCGGACGACUACUUGCGGGGAACGCUGAGAGACUUGGCGAACUACGACCUCAUCGUUGCAGGGUAUAGCCAUUGGCACGUGGCCUACAACUUCUGGCCCCUCUCCAAGUACAUCGGACACCUGAAGGCAUUUAGCAAACAGCUGAAAGCACAGCUGGUGCAGAACCCUUCGCUGCGCGUGCGCUUCGCGUGGCACCAGGCCACCGCGAUUUGCGUGAAGGAUCACAGCCGCUUGGGGGACGCACGUAGCACUCCAAAAAUGCAGAUCCAUAGCCUAGCUGCUCACAAGAUCUUCAAGGAGCUGGGAGUUCCGAUCAUCGACAGCUUUCAGCAGACGGCCAGCUUGACUCGCUCGGGCGAAGGGAUCCACUUCAGCUCGGACACGUUGAUGCGCAGCAGCCUUCAGUUCCUCCUGCACCUUCUGUGCUGA